AUGUACUUGAUCGCAUUCCUUACCCUUCUAGGGUUUGCUGCCGCGAGCGCAGACACAAACACAACUUAUUGGAUCAACCCCGGUGAUAAUACCAACAAGACGAGUAUUGCGUGGAACCUGGGCGAGCAACAGGUCAUUGUAUGGAACACCGACCUAUCGACAUUCGACGUGACGCUCUGGCAACAGGAUUCUGGAUCUGUUUCAACAGAAAAUACCCCUCACAACAGAGGAACUGUCUACUCUCAAACCGACCCUCAAAAUAAGGUCUCAAAUAUCACCUGGGUUGUUCAACUCUACGGCAACUACGUUUAUAACUCGUCUACAUUCUUCUUCACGAUCGACUCCUCCGGAACCAGUGGCUAUUCUUCGGCUUUUUUACUAUAA